AUGGAGGGGCGGACAACUACACGAUUCGACACGAACUCUGUGGCUAGUAGUAUCGAAUUCCACGACGCUAUUAUAGACGAGGCCUUCGAGGAUGAUGGACGCAAAGCAAGCGUCGAGGCGCAGAUUUUUGAGUCUCGGAACAAAGACGGCAUCAUAGAGCGGUGUAUUCAUUAUUUCACAGACAGAGCUCUGCUAAAGCGUCUAGAAGCUUAUGAGGAUUCUGAGUUGAAGACGUUUAUAGCGCAAAAGCUGUUCAAAGUUGACGGUAUACUCUGUGAUGAACAGACUCGACUUGAGCUAAUCCAAAGCAUGGUCGUCCAGUCCGGCUUCUUUGAGCUGGAUGAAACCGAUCUCGUUAGAAAAUACGGUGAGGAAAUGACUGGAUGGCUUAAGGAUCGUCUAGUUCCUUCAAUCAGCGAGUGUAGCAGUGUACUUUAUAAAGCCGCGUCACAUUUCAAUCGCCUAAAGAGCAGAGAUCCUCUGCACAACUGGUAUCGCCAGCCAGAAGAAGUUUCGGCGCAGAUAGCUGCACGAAUCUCAAGGUUUGCUCAGCAGAUGGCCGAUCGCGUAAAAUGGUCAAUUCUCAUCGAACCGGGCAAAUUCAAUUGCCAUCUAAUGCAGGAUUUCACUGCUGAAUUCAAUCGCUUAGAGUCAUUCUUUUCUGUGAAUGAACUGAGCCCUGAAGAGGCUUCGCAGACCGCAUUCAACUUGAACUAUCUUACAAAAGCUCGGAGCAAACUAAUCCCUUGUUGCGACAUUACCCGUGUUCGUUUGCAAGAUGACGGCACUCCACCAAAUGAAUUCCGUGCGCUGAUCUAA